AUGGAGUGUGCAGGGGAUGGUCGAAAAUGGGGUCAGUCCCCAGUCGAUAUCGAUGAAAGCAGUGCAGUCUGGGUAAAGUUUCCUGCGCUUAUUAUGAGUGGCCAUUGGAGUCAAGAUGGCGACGCUAAAAUGCGAAAUAUUGGCAGCACAGUUAAAAUAACGCUGGAAAGUACUAGGAGCCCAGCAACGAUCCGUGGUGGCCCUCUAGGGGACGACGUGUUCGAACUAGAUGGCGUGGUGUUUCGUUGGGGUUCGUCGAACUGCAAAGGCGCGGAACACACUCUAAACGGUACAUGGUUCACGAUGGAAGCGCAAGCCAUACAUUUCAACAAAAGAUACGAAGACAUUAACAAUUGCUGGGACAAGCACGAUGGACUCGCCAUAUGCUCGUAUUUUCUACAGGCUUAUCAAGUUCCUGCUUGGGACGAGCACCCGUUGUUCUCCAAAAUUACGGACGACUUGCACAGGAUUAUACAGCCUGACUCGUGCAUCAAAUUGUCUCCAAACUGCUUGUGCUGGAUGAGACAAGCUUGCCAAACACCUGGUUAUUAUUCCUACUUAGGUUCGAUAACAACCGACCCGUUUAACGAAUGCGCCACUUGGAUCGUUUUCCCAGAGCCAGUUAGGAUUUCCGAAAAUCAGGCACAAAUGUUUCGAAUGUUACGUAACAGACAAGGCUUGUGCAUAACGGAUAAUCAUCGUGAAGUACAAAAAUUAAACGGACGUGUGGUUUAUUAUGUCAAUUGA